UUUUAUAGAAUCCCAGUCGUAAUAGGAGUCACUUUGGACAGAGAUAAUGCUGAUAAAGUUUUGUGUUCUCUUAGUUGGAUUUAUUAUUUCCAAUAGAGGAGUUUUAGGGCUUAGCGAGGAAAUGCAGGAACUGGCAAACAUGCUACACAUGACAUGUGUGGAUGAAACGGGAGCCAAAGAAGAUGAUAUACUGAAUGCUAGGAAAGGAAUAUUCGCUGAUGAUAAUAAUCUGAAGUGCUACAUUAAAUGUAUCAUGGCACAGAUGGCAUGUAUCGACGAAGAAGGAAUCAUUGACGAGGAAGCUACUAUAGCAGUACUGCCGGAAGAGUAUCGAGCUAAAGCUGCACCAAUCAUCAAGAAGUGUGGCACCAAAAAAGGAUCCACUCCUUGUGAGAAUGCUUGGCUGACACACAAAUGUUAUCAGGGUGAAGCUCCUGAAGAUUACAUUCUGGUGUAAGCACUAUUUCCAACAAAUCAAACGAUAUUCUAUUCGUAAUUAUUGAUACCUCGUUGUAAUAUAUCCACAUUGUGACAUUUUCAUUAUACAUUAUACACGAUAAUACAAUGUCAA